CGUAGUUGCGUGCGUCGUUUAGUUCGAAGCAGUCAUUGUUUGUAUUUAGUCGUGGUUACAACCGGUAGUGCCUUUCAUUCGAGUUUACCGGAUGAUCGAAGAAACAACAAGUUUUUCAAUAAAUCGAAGGAACAAACAGACGACUGGCAUUAUUUUAUUUUCAUUUUUUUUUUCUAUAGAAUAUGGCAAUAAUAUUUCGACCAUAUUCAAUAAUAUUCAAUCUUUAUAAGGAAUACAUCUAAACCAGGAAGAAAACUUUGCCAAGAAAAAGAAAAAAGAAUUGCGGAUAUAUCAUCGUAAUUUAAUGUAAAAAGGACUUUGAAGUAAAGAGACUUAUCUAAUAACAUUGAGUUCAGAUCAGAUCGAAUUCAAAGAAUUAAGAAGAAAUAGAAGAAGAAAAAGAAGAAGAAGAAGAAGAAGAAGGGGUGGUGGUGAAGAGAAGAGAAGAGGAUAAAGAAAAACAGAUUUCCUUGAUCUUUGCCCAUAUACGUGAAACAAGAAUGGCAAACGUUUCGGGAAUUACUAAGGAGGAAACAACUAUCAUAAAAGGGAAACCAGCAACCCUCGUACGACGAGUUUCCAACAUGCUUAAAGAUGGAAAUUAUAGCGGACCACCGUUACUCUUUAGAAACGCAUCGAUGCAAAAACUCCGCCAUUGCUGCCAGAAUUUGAAUCUUUUUCCGUAUCUGCUUUACUCGUACGAUAAUUCGAAGUCCCAUCCGGUUGCAAAAAGGGUGAAUGUAUGUAUCGGCGAAUUGGUACGAAGCCUCGUUAAACGAUUCUUAUAUUUUUACAAGUUUAUACGAUAUACAACUUUGUAUAACGACAAUAACAGCAAUAAGGAUAGCAACGUUAUUGCUAAAAAGAUUUCAAUUGAAUCGAAAAAAGAUAAAACUAAGGAACUUGGGCUAGUAGACGAUGAACGAAAAUCAAUAAACAAAUUCCAAUGUUUCCAACGUCAGAGACGAAAUCAAAUCUCGAUCUUCCUUACAAUUGCUAUUUAUCUAAUACCAUUGAUAUUAGCCUUGCAAAUGGCUGUACUUUAUUCGUUAUUGAUAUUAGAAAAGUACACGCCUGGUUUCGUUUUCCUCGUUAGCGCUCUCAUGUUCUCGGCCGGCAUCGCAUUUAGAAUUUUCUUUCACGAGAGUAAAAGCAAAAAAUAUUCAAGAAACAAUUCAAUAGAUAAUAAAAAUAAUAGGAUUAUCAAGGGGAAAAAAAUUCAGUGAUAUACUUUUAAGAAUUAUAAAAUGAUUCAUUUAAACAAAUAGAUAUUACUAUGCUGUACGGCCAAAACCUUCGUCAGACGGUGAAACGAUUGAAGAAUAUCAACGACUAGACAGACUCUCGAAGGUCUUGGCCAUUUUUGACUCGAAACGAAGCUUAGACGGUUCGAAUACAAUAAGGAGAAAGAAAGAGAAAAACACGCAUAAAGUAGAUAGAUAGGUAUUAAAUAUAGAUUGAUGAAUACGCAGAAUAAGUGGUUCCUCUUAAUGAGAAAAUUAACGCUGAGAAUUUCUUAUAUUCGUAUUUUAAAUUUAUCUUUCUAACUUUCACCAACACGUACUAUCGCAUUUCGUUAAUUUCUUUUUUAUGCAAAACGUAUGUAUAUAUGUAUAUUGGGUUUUUUCGCCUAAUUCGACUACCAAAAAUAUUCUAUUCGAAGGCGCCGUUAUAACGAAAGGUCGAAUUUCUUUUCUAUAAAAUGGAACUGAAUAUUUAUAUUAGAAUAUUCUUAUAAUUUAUAAAAAUAACGAAUCCAACGAUGAACAACAUAUUGACCAUUAAGUGACCUUCUCCGAGAAAAUUGUGAAAUGUUUAUCAGGAAUUCUAAUCAAAUGCAAAUCAACGUAUAAGACACACUCAUACAAGCAAAAAUUCUUCUCAUGUACAAAGGAAACCAUUUUUCAAAUUUCUCGACAAAGAUCAUCUGAUGGUCCGAUGUCGUACAUCAUUGGAUUUAUUUUUUUAUAAGCUAUAAGAAUAUUUUAGUAUAAAUAUGCAGAUUUUGAAAAAAAUUCGUCUUUUCACUAUAUCGGCGCCUUCUAAUAGAAUAUUUUUUUUCCUCUGACAUUUUAUUCUAUCUUACGAAAUAAAUGAGAUAUGUUAAAUGGUCGAGUUAGACGAAAAAAAUAUCCUGUAUCAUAGAUAUAUUAUAUAUAAUAUAUAUACUUAUACGUAAUUUAUAUAAUAUGUAUAUAUUUGUAUAUAAUAUAUGUUUCUAUAUAUAUAUAUAUACACACAUAAUUAUAGAAAUUCUUUUUUCGAAUGUUUGCGCUUUAAGCUGAUAGUUAAAAUCAGUGAUUGAGCCGUACAAUUGGCCUUAAGAACUCAAAUAAUUAAUAAUUAAGUCUUUCUUUAAUAUCAUUUAUAUCAUUCUUACUUUAAUCUUUCUUUUCUUCCUUCUUUGUACUUUAGAUCAAACGGACUUGCUACGUGUGCAAGCCGUUAUGCAUCGUUAGAGAAUAGAUCAGCGUUAUAUAUUUAUUAAAUAUAUUAUAUACAUAUAUUAUAUACAUAUAUUAUAUAAAUGUAUAGAUUUAAAUCGUGCAACUGCGACUUCGUUAGAUUAAUUAAUUUCGCCAAAGCAAUUUUUUCUUUGACAAAUUUCAAUCGAUUGUCGCGUCAAAUAUUGUCGGAUUAAUUUUGAAUUAGUCUCGCCACAUAUAUACGUAUGUACGUACCCAUUUAUUAUUUACUAUACUUUAGCGUUUAAAUCCGCGUUCAUCGAUAUUAUUAUAUUAAUUAAGAGAACUAUCUAAUCCUCUAUGCUGCAUAAGACUGACAACAAUUGUUUUAACGUAUAAUGUUUAUGUAAAUAUAAUAUUUAAAAAAAAAAAAAAAAAGAAAAUAUUUAAGGGAAAUGAGAU